AUGGACAGAACAACUGAACUUAUGCCUAACUUUCGACGCAUGAAUAAGACGGAAAUCACUGGGGAUAGCACCAGACACGUCCUAACCUUCAACCCCAAUUCUGCUAAACCCGGGAAGGAAAUUUACGUUAAUAUCCCAAAGCUGAAAGCCGACUCCGUUCUUGUACCGGAUAGUAUGGCUUUAGUCUUCGACUUUAAGAACAGUAAUACAAAAUCUUGGUUUAGGAACAACCUAGGGAAACUGCUCCAGGAAAGACUAGAAAUUCGCCUUUCCGGGGAAAAAGUCUACGACAACAGUGGAGAAAGCCUAUUGGAAGUCUACAAAGACCUAUGGCUACACAACAAACAGCGUGAUUAUAUGGUAGAGGAUAGUAUCGCUAGCGAAGCCACGAGAAAGAAAAUAUCCAAAGACGACGUCGCAAACGAUGAUGCGGUAGCUACCGCAUUGUUCGAAGUGUUCGGGACAAAACAGAAAAUCCGGAUCAACAAAAUCCUCAAAGAUCAUGGACUCUAUGCCCCACACAACAUGGCAAACGACCUACAAUACGUAAUCACCCUAUCCACAGCAGAUGAAAUCAUGAACGCUCAAGGUGGAGAAUCCAUGGAAGGAUACACCCUAGAAAACAUCGAACUGGAAUACGAAUCCAUCGACAACAUCGAACUCGCAAGAAAGGCUGAAAACCUAUACGGAUCCGAACGCGAACUAUCCUUCGAGCAUGCUACCCUAACGAAGAAAACAGAAUGGAGCAAAGAUUCCACCAUUAUUAACGAAACGAUCAACGUACCACGCAGGA